UUGGAUACUAUUAAAAUUAUUCUUAUUUACCUGACUCUUAUAAUUCUAGUUCUAGUGAGAGUCGCUUUCAUUACUUUGAUAGAACGGAAAAUUUUAGGGGCUUCUCAAAUUCGAGUGGGACCAAACAGAAUCGGUCUCUGAGGCCUGCUUCAACCAUUCGCCGAUGCCGUAAAAUUAUUUAGCAAAGAACACGCCUUCCUACGAAGAACAGUAAGAGCCGUUCAUCUCUUAUCGCCCGUGCUAAGGCUAUUUUUAAUGUUAGCUAUUUGAAGCCUCGUUCCGUUAGAAGCAGGGGGGCUUAGCUUUGCAUUCACUCUAUUGGUUUUUAUCUGUAUUAGUAGCUUAGGGGUUUAUCCAAUUAUUGGCAGGGGCUGAGCCUCUAACUGCAAAUAUAGGACAUUGGGCGCCUUACGAGGAGUAGCACAAAUGAUCUCUUAUGAGGUAAGGCUGAUAGUUGUGCUAUUAAGAAUUAUUUGGGCAACAAACUCCUUUAACUUAGAAGAAAUGCUAAAAGAACAAUUACACGCUUUCAAUUGCUUGCUUUUCUCCCCUUUAAUAGCUAUUUGGCUGAUCUCUAGAUUAGCAGAAACUAACCGCACACCCUAUGACUUUUCUGAAGGAGAAUCAGAAUUAGUUUCAGGCUUUAACACUGAAUAUUCAGCUGGCGGGUUCAGCCUGCUAUUUAUAGCAGAAUACGGUAAUAUCAUUUUCAUAAGAGUGAUAUUUGUAGUUUUAUUCCUAAGAUCCUCUGCGGACUAUUCUCUUAUAAUUAAGACAAUGCUAGUUAGGUUUUUAUUUGUUUGGGUUCGAGCUACACUCCCUCGGUACCGAUACGAUAAACUAAUGUACUUAGCUUGAAAGUCACUAUUGCCUGUUUCCUUGUUUAUACUGAUGUUUUAUUACUGCGCGGGGUACUAUAUUAUUAUUUAUUAA